GGCUGGAGCAAGAGGAGGAGGAGGCGGCUCCGUUUUCUGCCUCACUCCUCGCCGGAGCCAGGCUGUGGAGACGGCCCUCCUGAUUCUCCUCCUUCAGAGACCGGCGGGGAGGGAAGGGAAGGAGAGGAAGGAGGCGGUUUUGAGGAGGUGGUUUUGAGGAGGUUUCCCCUCCAAAAAAGCAAGCCGAGGAAACGUGGCACCAAGCUCUCUCCCUCUCCCGGGGAUUGGAAGAAGAGGAAGGAGCAGCGCCUGCUUGAUUUAUUCUUAACAAUUUGUGAGCUGUCCUUUUUGUGUAUGGAAUAACUAGUUAAAAAAACCCCCAGCGUUAUUGAAGAAAAUACCCAGUCAGUGUGAAACAAGCUGCCGCUCUGCCAGCUGGAGGCUUGUACACAGCCUCUUCUUCCUCUUGUCUGGAUCUGAGCCCACCAAACCUGGAGAAUUUGCACCCUUAUGUCCUGUCUGGAAAUGAGCCAUGAAAACUGGAGACUCAGGUAUAUCCUGUAUUCCUGAAGAAGUGCUCACAUUUUCCAGGAAAGAAAUACAGUGAUUUACAAAACAGGUAUGUGAUGUCAAACCAGUAGGCAGUCUCAAUGGAGCCUCCCACACACUGCUGGAACGUCAUGUGCCAGUAUGAAUAUUAACACAGCCACACACACUUCAGCACUCUGCAACCAAAGAAGAGAAAAAGAGAAACCAAAUGUUUGAAAUCAGUGAGUGGAUUGCUUGCAAAACUUUGCCUGUCUAACAUCUACCAAGAACACCUCCCAUUUCUGGAGAAGAGUGGAAGAGAAACAGGAUCUUCCUUUUCCUCUAACUUGAGAAAAGGAGAGUGAGUUUUACAAUUCUUUUUUACCUUGGAUAUCAAGCUCUCCGUUGCAGUGGCCACGAUCACUGGACAGCAAUAUGUGUCAUGUCAUUGUCACCUGCCGUUCAAUGCUGUGGACACUCCUGAGUAUUGUUGUGGCUUUCGCUGAGCUCAUAGCUUUCAUGAGCGCCGAUUGGCUGAUUGGCAAAGCUAAACCUGGGCGUCCUGAGGAGUUGGAUGACUGGACAGGGGAGCCAUAUCGUCCGACCCUAGGGAUCUAUGGACGGUGCACCAGAAUCCCGCACAUGCAGUCUUCCAUGCCUGAUACGCUUUGCGGCCCCUAUGCAGAGAACUUCAGUGAGAUCGCCAGUGGGUUCUGGCAAGCAACUGCUAUUUUCCUUGCCAUGGGGAUUAUGAUACUCUGUGCUGUUGCAUUUGUAUCUGUCUUCACUAUGUGUGUACAGAGUAUUAUGAAGAAAAGUAUUUUUAACGUCUGUGGAUUGCUACAAGGGAUUGCAGGUCUCUUCCUUAUUCUAGGCUUGAUCCUAUACCCUGCCGGUUGGGGUUGUCAGAAGGCAACAAGCUAUUGUGGACCUUAUGCUUCAGCUUAUAAACUUGGUGACUGUUCUCUUGGCUGGGCUUUCUACACUGCCAUCGGGGGCACAGUCCUGACCUUCAUCUGUGCCGUCUUCUCUGCCCAAGCUGAAAUUGCCACCUCCAGUGACAAAGUACAAGAGGAAAUUGAAGAGGGGAAAAGCCUUAUCUGUCUCCUUUAAUGAUCCAAGAGAAAUCUUUUGCAUCUCUCAUAAGAAUUGGUUUCAAAAUGGUUUAAUAGGUGGACUCCAGUAGGCGGCAGUGGAGACACACGUUUCCUGGAAAGGCAAGCCUUAUAGUGUCACUUUAUAGGCAAAAUAAGAAGAAAAUGUUAACUGGUGGGAAUUCUGGUAGUGGGUACAUUAACAUGAUGCUACUUCGCACCCUGGUUGGCUUCAGGUUUCUACGAAUGAUUUCAAACAACUGUGGAAAUGAUUGACUUUGUGUUCAUCACUAUGAAGGACUGUGAAGGAAUCCUUUGAAGGAUAUUGUUUAAAAUAAAUAUGUAUGCCUCCAGUAUUUACAGAAAACGAUAGUGUAAUCAGAAUCGGUGUCAAAGGUUUUAGGCAUCAUCCUCCAGAGCAGAAUUAAUUUUAACAAAAAAGCAUGUUGUAUGCAAUAACAAAUUGGAAGAAUGCCUAGGGAAACAAGUAGGAAUUCCAGCUGAAGUUAGCAGGACGGGUUUAUAAGCAAUACCUUAAGAAAUAUGUGAAACAUAAAAGUUACAGCCUAAAUAUGUAGGGGGCAGGAGUAGCCAAAGUAGGCCUUCUAACACAGGAGAGUAGCAUAUGGUAUUAUUGAUUUCUCUGUAUAAAUGUAGAUGGAUAAAGGAGGUCUUAGGGCCUAGUGUAUAUCACACCAAAUGUGUGCCUAUAAGACAAGAUGUUGCCCCUAAACUUGCAGGGACAUUAGUAAGUAACUGUCUCCUCUCAUCCUUUGGAGUACAAAAUGUCAUAAGCUUAUCAUACUAGAAAACUGUGCCUGAAGAAGCCACAGUACUACCUAAUGGUAUUUCUUUUGAAAUCUCUUUUUGUGUUGUAUUGCACCGUAAUGGAGCAGCAGAUGAAUUUAGUAGUUAGUGGUUUCCCACAAGUGAUCUUCUUGCAUUAGUCAUGUUAAUAUGUUUGGUGAUUUCCCAUGCAUUUUUGAAAACACAUUGAAAAGAUGACUAAUACCCUGAUGUUCAGUUGUUAGAUUACCCUUAUUAUUAACAUUGAUACAAUAUGAUCCCCAUAUCUGUGGGACCAAUGCCUGCAGUUUCAUGUACCUACAUCAAAAUAUGUCCUCUUUGGCAUUUCCAAAAUCCUCCAAUGCUUCCACUGAAGUAAUUUCUUCAAUAAUGUUUGCUAUUUGUUGUUUUAACUUAACUGUGGUAAGUUUGGGAAAGUAUCCACUGUGGAUAUGAGGGUCAUACUUACUUUAUAUUAUACCUUCCGGUAGACAAAGGACACAGUAGUUGGGAGGCUGCUAGAUUAAAAUGCUCAAACCACUAAUGAUAACCACUUAUUUCUACUAUAUUUUCUAAAAGGAAAAAAAUUGGAUGAAAAGGAAUGUAAUUUGGAAUCUACCCUUUAACUCAGGAUUAUAGUGCAUGGUUGCUGCUGCUUUAACCACUGCUACAUGAACUCCAAUAAGGCACCUGUGAAAUUAACAAGUAGGAAUUACAAACAUAUGCAUUUUGUAUGAUGUUAUCAUCAGUGCUGAUCUGUUGAAUGCCAGAAGUGCUGUGGGUACAGUCAGUUCACAAAAGUCAGGCUGCCUCUAAGAUCAGAUGCUACAGCUAACACCAUUAUUGGUGGUCACGAAUGUGUGGAUAUUCUUCCCAAAACAGAAGCAUGAGAGAGCUCUGCUACAAAGAGGCUACCAAAACUUAGCAAAGAGUAUUAAAAGGGGGGGACUCAUACCACUAUAACAACAUAGUUUACUACACCAAAAUGUUAACCCAGCUAUCUUUAAAUUCUGUAUUUACCAGCUCCUCCCACAAUAUUCCCAAAACAUGUCUCCCUCCCCACCACCAAGACACUUGUCGAAAAGCUUUCACAAGGAAGACUUACUUGUGAUCAAAGACAAAUGCUGCUUGCUAUUCUGGACUAACAUUUCCCAGGGUGAAAAACAUGGCUGGUAGGAUCAUUUAGCAGGUCCAAGCUGGAUACUUUCAUGCUACUACAAUACUGGGAGGCUGCAGUACAAAGUCCUGCUCAAACCACUCAAUGUGUACAUUUAUGGUUGUGUGAUUUGUUCUCAUUGCUAAUACUGAAACAAACACGCCUGAUUGAAACAUUUUACCACUGAAGUUAGAAUAACCAGUAAGAGUUAUUCAGAUGUUUACAUCAAGAGCUGCCUUAAAUCAUCACAGGGUAUGGUUUUACCACAUUUUGCAAAGGGAACGUGCUUGUCUGAAAAUGCCUCCUGUAAAUAUUGCUCUUUAGAUCCAGGUGUGUAUGCACCAUCAGUCUGGCUGUGCACUAAAUGGCACUUCUUUUUUGAAAAUACAACGUAAUUGUUGUUAAACUUCUCUCUCAAAGUGCCAUGGAAUGUUUUUUUAAAACUAAAUUAAAAGCAAGUGCAUAAAUCAGCCAAGAGACACAGAGCAGUUGAAGGAGAUUGCUUUUAUGGAACAGACUAGUACAAGGUGCUCUUGAAAAACACCUGUCUAAAAAGAACUUGAUUCAAUAAACCACUAGUAUUUUUGUAUUCAGUCUCCUACAUUUCAAAGUUUCCUUUUUGUCAGGGUUCCAAUAUGAAUAUAUCAGCUUACUGAAAUGCUAAUUUGUUGUAUUAAUUGAACAAAUAAAUAAUAUUUAAAAAACAGAUGGGGAGGCAUUCAUUAAAAGAUUUUUAAGUAUGAUGUUCAGGGAGAUGGGAGAAGGGAAAUCAGCUUCUACCUUAUUUUCUUUAUUUUCUACAUUAUUUUAUUUGCAUCCAUUCCACUGAUGUUCGGAUUUUGUGUAUGGUGUUUUUCUCUUGAAUAGACUUGAAAAAAGAUAGUGGAUCAAAAAGGCAUGGUAACUUAGAAAUCACACACACAAUGCAAACUAGGCCCAGCUAAAUCUUAGCACAUAAAUUAGAGAGAUAAACAUGUACUUUUGCUCCUUUCUUAAAGACUGCCUUACCCUGUUUGCAUUAGUCACCACAACCUAAAACAAUUGCUUGUCAUAGUCUAAUAAUGGCUUAGCUAUAAACCUGAUUUUCUGUAAGUGCCUCUAAGAUCAGAAAGUUCAUGGCGAGGAAGGUACAGUUUAGCCCCUUUCCUAUUGUAACAGAUAUUAAGGGACAAAGCUUUCCUCUGUUCUGAAGCUUUCCUGGAAUCCAGAGGCACAGUCCCAUAUAAAGGAUUUUACAUACAGGAUUUGUAAUUUAAUAGAACUAAAUUGAUACAAUUAAGACCUCAGCUUCUACAUUUAAGUCAAUGCAUAUUUUAGCAACCAAACAUUGGCUUUAUCUAUCUAUCCUACACAAUGCACAGUGUUCCUUUCUUACAGGUGGGAUAUAUUCUAGAUUGAUUCCAGUUUGUGAUUUGUGAGUGGGGUGGUGGUACAUCACCUUAAAAAACCAAAAAUACAACCAUUACACUUUAAUUGUUUUAUCCGCUGCUACUAAUACCAUCUCAUACUUCCUUGGAUGAAAGAUCUGUUGCCAUCUACUGAGGUAGCUUCAUGAUGUGCGCCUCAAACUACCAUGCUUUUGAUAAAAGUGUCCAAACAAACACAACACUGCAAUUUAAUCUGCAGUUUUAAUCUCUAAACAAUUCCUGCAAAAAGUGUUUCACAUUCCUCAGAGGCUAUGUACAAGAUAACUGUGGGUUAAAUCUUUUUAUAAAUAUAUGUUCCAUUGCUCUUUCCAGAGAGUAAGAAAUUUAAACUCUAAACUGUGUAUAUGUAAUGUGCAAUAAGAAGUUUAGAAUAUGAAUGGUUUGAAAGGGACAAGAAUGGGAAAGCUUCUAUGGACAAAUAAAACUACUAUGAUGCCAUUUAACAUUAGAAAUUAACUUUGUGCUAUAAAGCCUUCUUUGAAAGAAGGCAAGGUUAACCAUAACUGCAGUGAUUGGUAAUCUAAUUAUAGCCUUAACUCUAAAUGUGAAGUGUAUGCUAUUAUUUAGCAACUAAUGAGCUCAUCAGCAAAAAGAAAGAGCAACUGGGGGGCGGGAAGGGGGAGACAUUUGAUGUGCUGCAGUCGAACAAACUCAGUAAGGAACACUGAAGUUGAGUUGGACUGCUAAUUUAAUUUGUCUACAAUAUAGUUUGUUUUGUUUGUUUUUUUGCCUAAUAAACAGUUAUUAACCCCUGA